GCUCCAACCAGGGAUCAGAUCACACAGAGAGCAAGCUCUCCUGCUUUCAUCACAUCUCUUCAGUUCAUCAAGCAAAAUGGGGAGUGUGAGGAGCCAAGGCAAGCAAGGGGGGAGGGUGAGCAGAGCUCUGAAAGAGAACAGAGCCAGGCUCUACAUCAUCCGUAGGUGCAUCGUCAUGCUCCUUUGCUGGCAUGACUGAGCUUCAAGCUGCAUUCUCCUCCAUGGAACCCAUCAAGUCAAAGGGUCCAUGCAUGGAGAAGUCACACUUAGAUAGGGAAGUAUCAUCAGUUAGUUAGGAGUAGAAGUAGAAGCUAGGAAGGAACUCCCAUGCAUGCUCAUGGCAUAUUGCUCUCAAGAAAGCUUGGUAGACUAGACAUUCUAUCAGUUGUUUCUUUACCAUGAGUUAUUAGUAUUUAUUUUUCCA